GCGCCCGCCUAGUCUUCCCUCGGCCGCACUCGCUGCUCCCGCGACUCUCUCUGGAGCCCGAUCGCUCUCGCUAGCUCUCGCUCUCGCCCUCGCCCGGCCCUUUCUCUGCAGACCGGCUGCUCUGCUGCUCGGCGGCGGCUCCGGCCACUCUGGCGGCGGCCUCCAGGAUGAAGUGCAAGCCGAACCAGACGCGGACCUACGACCCAGAGGGCUUCAAGAAGCGGGCUGCAUGCCUGUGCUUCCGCAGCGAGCGCGAGGACGAGGUGCUGCUGGUGAGCAGCAGCCGGUACCCGGACCGCUGGAUCGUGCCCGGCGGGGGCAUGGAGCCCGAGGAGGAGCCCGGCGGCGCGGCGGUGCGAGAGGUGUACGAAGAGGCGGGAGUCAAGGGGAAGUUGGGCCGGCUCCUGGGCGUUUUCGAACAGAACCAAGAUCGCAAGCACAGGACCUACGUGUAUGUACUGACUGUCACCGAGCUGCUGGAAGAUUGGGAAGAUUCCAUUAGCAUCGGGCGCAAGCGAGAGUGGUUCAAGAUCGAAGAUGCCAUCAAGGUCCUGCAGUGCCACAAGCCCGUGCACGCCGAGUACCUGGAGAAACUGAAGCUGGGCGGCUCCCCGACCAAUGGAAACUCCGUGGCCGCGUCCGCGUCGCAGAGCGAUCCCUAAUGAACAGUAAAGAUGUUCAGGAUUGCUCUGAAAGAAUCAUUGAUGUGAUCCUAGUGCUCACUGAAAUUGUCAAGUGCAGGUGAGCACUUGAAAUGUUCCCAAGGAGACAGCUCAUCUGGUUUUUCUCCUGCGUCUCGGGACAGACACUCCUUCUGUCUGUUCUACUGACUCUUCUUGCUCUGGUUGUUGUACUAUCGUAUGUGAAGAGACUCUUAAUUCAGCACCUAUAGCCUUUUGUUGUGCUUUUUUGAUGUGUCUGCCUUCUUCAUUAGACUAUAUCUUUGAGAGCGAAGACUAUUUUUCCUUACUCUUUUGCAUAUCCUGCAUCUGAGACACUACUUGAAAUAUGGUUGGCUUCACUGAAGGUCUUUGAUUCAGUUAAUAUUUUGUAAUCCCUGUGUGGCAAAACAUUCCCCUUCCAAUCUGGUGCUAGUAGAGUACAUUCGUUCUAGGCACCAUGGUGUAGCUUUUGUGUAUCAGGUGUUUCAGAAACAUUUCCAGGCAGUUGUGAGAUGUUCAAGGCCAAGAAUUGUUAAUCAUAUUUCUAUAUCAUACCACACAGUGGCUGGCACAGUUUUACAAUUAUUCCAUCGCUUAGAGAAACAUUUUGUAGAAUCAGUCCUUCAUGUAACAACUUCAGUGUUUUUGUACUGUUAUUAAUUUGCUUAACAUUUUAUUCAGAAAAUCACUUGCUGUAAAGGUAAUUGUAAAAAUAAAUACAAUGCACACAAGAUAAUAUUGUGAGUUUUAUAAAAAUAGAUCUUAAAGUAAUAUACAGAUAAUACAUUUAAUUUUUUGCAAUGCCCUAACCACUUCUUACAUGUCAUCUUAACAUCUCUUUGAGGAAAAGCUUUUUUUUUUCAUCUUACAGAUUCAAUAUACUCUAUUAUUUAAUGCCAGGGCCAAGAAAGACCACAGCAUAGCCAGUUUCCAAAGUUAAUUAUGCCAUGAAGUUUGCCUACAUUUCUUUUGCCUCUCACUGUUUCAGUUGGUCAUAGUUUUCAUUCCUUUCCCAGUACACUCAGCUAACUCCUCAUCCCACCUAGUUUCUACAUCUGCAGUGUUGAGAGACCACACUGUUGUCACUUAGAAAAGGCGUUUGGGAAAGAGACGUCUGUAAUAAGGGAACACAGUAUGAAGGAUUUUAAAGGGAAGACUUGGGUCAGCCACUUCCAGAACAACAUUAGGACAGAGACAGUUUAGAGGAGAAAUAUCAUUGUGUUUUGCUAUGGAGUGUGUGACAUCAGCACUCUUCCCCAGCUCCUUACAAGAGUCCCAAUAUGGCUGUAAUGUGAUGGUUUGCUUUAUUAUUCUUUUGCAUUAUAAAACAAUUACAUUGGGAAAAGCGUGGACUCUUUAAUAGUGUUAACAUCCUUCCUCAUGGUACCAGUGAAAUGUGUUGAUUGUGUCCCCAGAUUUUACAGAAUUUGAAAUAAAAACACAUAUUUCUGAUAUAUUGGUUA